AUUAUUUGAAGUGUUUAUUCAAAAUUAAUAUGAAUGUUCAAACUUCAAAUAAGGUAAGUAUGGGCAAAACCCUUGUCUCUCGUCUGCGUCGUCAUUACACGCUAGCAGCAUCGCAGAAACAAAAUAACAAUAAUAAAUAACAGAGCGUUUCAAAGUAAAGUCGUUGGUAUGAUCAUCUUCUUCGUCUCUCGCAUUUGAGAUAAAUUGCACAAAUUACCCUCUCCGGAACCCUAAAUCAUCGUCGCAAAUGAUCCGAUUCAUUCUCUUGCAGAACAGACAAGGCAAGACCCGUCUUGCCAAAUACUACGUUCCUCUCGAGGAUUCCGAGAAACACAAGGUCGAAUACGAGGUUCAUCGCCUCGUCGUAAACAGAGAUCCUAAGUACACUAAUUUCGUCGAGUUUCGUACGCACAAGAUAAUAUACAGGCGAUACGCUGGCUUGUUUUUCUCACUCUGUGUUGAUAUCACUGAUAAUGAAUUGGCAUACUUAGAAUGCAUUCAUUUGUUUGUGGAAAUACUGGAUCACUUCUUCAGCAAUGUGUGUGAGCUCGAUUUGGUUUUUAACUUCCAUAAGGUCUAUCUUAUACUUGAUGAAUUCAUUCUAGCGGGUGAACUGCAAGAAACAAGCAAGAAGGCUAUCAUUGAGAGAAUGGGGGAACUGGAAAAACUGGAGUGAUACAUUAAUUUUCUGCAGUCGUAGCAGUUUGGAGGUUUCGAUGACAUGCUCUUGCCCUUGGCGUAAUUCUUGCAUUUCAAUUGUGAUACAGAAUUUUCAAAAUAUUUUUUCUUGAGCCGUGUAUUCAGUACCCUUUACCUACGCAUCUUAUUCGGCUUAUGUUUAUAUUUGUAAGACGUUAAUCAAAUCAGGGUUUUCAAUAGCCUUUCUUUUAUUGUCGAUUUCUAUUUUGUA